CUUGAAUUCCAAACACCGACAGCAUAGGUGCUGAGUGUGUUUUACGAAAAGAUGAGGGCUGUUCCGACAUGGGUAGAUAAAGUUCAAGACAAAGAUAAGAUAGAACAAUGUGUAUGGAGCGUGUGUUUCAAGUCCGAUGGCAGUCAGUUGGUAGUAGCUGCGGGAAACCGUGUGUUAGUGUACGAUGCCAACGAUGGUUCAAUGAUCCAGCCUCUCAAAGGGCAUAAGGAGACUGUGUACUGUGUAGCAUAUUCAAAAGAUGGAAAACGCUUUGCCUCAGGAUCAGCUGACAAGAGUGUCAUCAUCUGGACUAGUAAACUGGAGGGAAUUCUCAAAUACACACACAACGAUGCUAUCCAGUGUAUGUCAUACAAUCCAGUGACUCACCAGCUUGCCAGUUGUGCAGUCAGUGACUUUGGUUUGUGGUCCCCGGAGCAGAAAUCUGUGUCCAAGCAUAAAGUGAGCAGUCGCGUCACCUGCUGCAGCUGGACAAAUGAUGGUCAAUACCUCGCCCUGGGCUUAUAUAAUGGCCUGGUCAGCAUCAGGAAUAAGGGAGGAGAGGAAAAGGUGAAGAUUGAAAGACCCGGAGCUAACAUUGCCCCAGUGUUUUCUCUGUCGUGGAACCCCAGCAGAGAUGAGGCCUAUGAUGUUCUAGCUAUAGCUGACUGGGGACAGAGGCUGUCGUUUUAUCAGCUGUCUGGCAAACAGAUUGGCAAGGACCGCACCCUAGGCUAUGACCCCACUUGUGUCAGCUGGUUCUCCAAAGGGGAGUAUGUGGUGGUUGGGGGGUCAAGCAAACAGUGCUGUCUUCACACCAAGGAGGGGGUCAAGCUUGGGGUCAUUGGAGAUCAGACAUCAUGGGUCUGGUGUGCUGCUGUCCGACCUGACUCUAAUUAUGUUGUUGUUGGCUGUCAGGAUGGUACUAUUGCCUACUAUCAGCUCAUCUUCAGCACUGUGCAUGGCCUGUACAAGGACAGGUAUGCCUACAGAGACAACAUGACCGAUGUCAUCAUCCAGCACCUCAUCACUGACCAGAAAGUCUACUUCUCUAAUUUCAGUCCGAUCAAGUGUCGUGACCUUGUGAAGAAGAUUGCCAUCUAUAGACACAGACUGGCUGUUCAGCUACCAGACCGGAUCGUCAUCUAUGAGCUGUAUACGGACGACUCAGCAGACAUGCACUAUCGUGUCAAGGAGAAGAUCAACAAAAAGUUGGACUGUAACCUGCUGGUGGUGUGCUCUCAGAAUAUCAUCCUGUGUCAGGAGAAGAAGCUGCAGUGUCUCUCCUUCCAGGGGGUGAAGGAGAAGGAGUGGACGAUGGAGUCCCUCAUCAGGUACAUCAAGGUCAUCGGGGGACCCUCAGGCAGGGAGGGGCUGCUCGUCGGACUCAAGAAUGGACAGAUCAUGAAGAUCUUCGUGGACAAUCCGUUCCCCAUCCAGCUGCUGAAGCAGUCGACCUCGGUGAGAUGUCUGGACCUCAGCUGCAGCCGUGCCAGAUUGGCUGUCGUGGAUGAGAACAACACCUGUCUUGUGUAUGACCUCGGUUCAAAGGAACUUCUCUUCCAGGAACCAAAUGCCAACAGUGUAGCAUGGAACACACACUACGAGGACAUGUUGUGUUUCUCUGGCAACGGCAUGCUCAACAUCAAGGCCAGCAACUUCCCCUUGCAUCAGCAGAAGCUGCAGGGUUUUGUGGUGGGGUUCAGUGGCUCGAAGAUAUUCUGCCUCCAUGUGUACGCAAUGUCUUCGGUAGAUGUCCCCCAGUCUGCUCCCAUGUACCAGUAUCUCGAGAAGAAGAUGUUCAAGGAUGCCUACCGGGUAGCGUGUCUAGGGGUCACUGAAGGUGACUGGGAGGCUCUGGCCCAUGAUGCUCUUGAAGGUCUGGACUUCGACACUGCCAAGAAAGCCUUCAUCAGGAUACGAGAUCUGAGAUACCUGGAGCUCAUUCACAACAUUGAGGAGCGGAAGAAGCGAGGCGAGACUGACAACAUGGUGUUUAUGGCUGAUGUGUACGGCUACCAGGGCAAGUUUGGAGACGCCUCCAAGUUAUACAAGAAGUCAGGCCAGGAACAAAAGGCUCUGAGCAUGUACACCGACCUCCGCAUGUUUGACCAGGCGAAGGAGUACAUCGGGUCUGGAGACCCCCAUGACAAGAAGCUCCUCAUCACCAAGCAGGCUGACUGGGCCAAAAGCAGUAACGAGCCCAAGGCGGCAGCUGAGAUGUACAUUAGCGCUGGGGAGAAUCUCAAGGCUAUUGAAAUCAUCGGGGAACAUGGAUGGGCAGAUAUGAUGAUUGACAUGGCACGGAAGCUGGACAAGGCUGAUCGGGAGGCGCUGGGUCGUUGCGCCCAUCACCUGGCUCGCAUGGAGGAGUAUGGCCUUGCUGCUGAGGUCUACAGCAAGAUGGGGGAUGUCAAGGCUUUGAUAUCCAUGCGUGUUGAAGCCAGGCACUGGGAUGAUGCCUUCACCUUGGUGGAGAAGCACCCAGAGUAUCGUGAAGAGGUUUAUGUGCCGUAUGCACAGUGGCUAGCGGAGAACGACAGGUUCGAGGAGGCCCAGCAAGCAUUCCACAAGGCAGGUCUGCAGGCUGAAGCAGUGAAGGUGUUGGAACAGUUGACACUGAACGCUGUUGUGGAGUGCCGCUUCAAUGAUGCUGGCUACUACUUCUGGAAGCUCUCCAUCCAAUGUCUGGACAUUGCCAGAGAGGACAAGGAUCGCAAGGAGGAGAUGUUGGAGAAGUUCUUUGACUUCCAGAAGAAGGCAGAGACCUACUACAUCUAUCACACAAUACACAGACAUGUGGUGGAACCGUUCACGUCCGUGCUGCCGGAGGGGCUGUUCAACAUGUCCCGCUUCCUGCUCCACCGGCUGCCCAAGGCCACCGACAUCCCACACGGAGUGUCUAAAGCUUCAGCUUUAUACACCCUGGCCAAGCAGAGCAAGAAUCUCGGUGCAUACAAGCUGGCCCGCCAUGCAUACGAGAGUCUGCUGACUCUGAGAAUACCACCACGAUUCCAGGAGAAUGUUGAUGUGGGCAGCAUCACCAUCAGAGCCAAACCAUUUAUGGAUGCUGACGAGUUACUUCCUCUUUGCUAUCGCUGCUCGACCACGAACCCCCUCCUCAACAACAGUGGCAACCAGUGUGUCAACUGUAAACAGCCUUGUGUCAACUCCUUCGUCAACUUUGAGGUGUUGCCGCUGGUUGAGUUUGUUAUCGAGGAUGGAAUGACAGACGAGGAAGCAGUCCACAUCCUGGACAUGUCCAUACCCAAACAGAAGAAAGACAGCCAAGGAAACUGGAACGAGUCUCGAAUGGGCAAUGUGCAGUCGCUGAGACUUGGUGACGAGGCUGAAGAGGAUGAGGACCCAUUCACAGCCAGACUCAAAACAUAUGAUGAUGGUACGAAUGAGUUCCGCCCAGUGGUGGUGAACAAAUCUAUCCUGCAGUCCAUGACACGGUCCGAGGUGUACGUGUUGAAGUGGCCCAAACCGCUGCGUUACCAGUUCUUCAGGUCUCUACUGCCAGACGUCACCAUUACACUAUGUCCGUCCUGUAACAGGUUAUUCCACACUGAUGAUUUUGAGCAGCAAUACCUACAGAAGGGCUUCUGUCCUUUCUGCCGUACCCAGCUGGAAGACUGAAGACUACCACACUGACAGAAACCCACCGACAGAGCAAAAACACCGUCCAUAUCUGUGUUGAAAUGUACCGUGUAGACACUAGGCUGAAUUAUUUCUCGCCUCCAAAACUGGGAACUAUUCAUCAAGAUGGGUGACUGAAAUAUUAUUUAUGGUUACCUUUUGCUGAUGACAAGUUGAAAUAGUUCAGUCCAGGAGCUUGCUGCAUUCCAAGAUGAAUUUGCAACAUUGCUUCAUUGUAUGUCGGAGUGAACACACUAUGCACUCUGAGAGAUCUGAAUGUAAAUUCAAUCUUUCAUCUUUGGUGAAAACUUUGAUCUGAUUGCAAUUGAGAACGAAAUGUUUCUGAAUGAAAUCUUGCAGCAAUGUAUGAUCGCAUAUCAGUUCUUGUAUAACAAAACCAAUCCGCUUGACCCUCAAACUACAAGUUAUUGUAUAUUAGUGCCAUGCAGUGUCUUAUGGUCUGGCAUAGCAGUUUCAUCUGUUACAGAAGUUCUGUCUGUCACAAGGAUCGGAUUGUUAUCUGAGAUUUGAUACUGGACCAUAUUCAACAAAAUAAUCUUUGUACUGCCAUUUUCAGACACCUAUACUUUAACAUGUGUUGUAUUUGGGUUACACUUUCUAAGUAAAGUACAGCUUCUAGUACUUUGGUCAAUGUCACUUGAACCCAGAGGCUGUCUAAUGCUGGAGACCUGGGAAUCUCAGCCUAAAUAAUGAAUCUAUACCUAGCAAUAUUUUGUUUGUCAGGAAAUGUAAUUUCACAAUUGUAGCAGGCAGUGAGAUGUCUAGUAAACUAAUGACAACCCAUGCAUGAUGCAAUAAAAAAGCAGUUAGUCCAUCCAUGAGAAAUCAGAAUCAAGGUGUGCCUUCUGACCUUUCCGACCGACUUGUUCAAAAUGACCUUCACCCUGAGACUAUUGUCAUGUCUAUUCCUGAAUGGCUUACAGUGGUCCAGCCUCUAAGAUGCAGGCAGUCCUUGAUGCUGUGUAAUUGAUUUGUUUAAUGAAUCUCCAUCUGUCUGUGUCAGUCAAGGAUUGACUUGUUUCUGUUACUGGUCAUUCUGUGACUAGGAGGUAGGGAGCAACUGUUUGAUAUUUUGGGAAGGGGACUGUGUAUCUGUUACAAAAAUAAUUUGUCCAAGAAAAUACUGUAUACCUGUGAUUAAAGUAUUAUGAAAUCUAAAAGUGCAUAUCCAAAGCAUUAUCAAGUUAAUUUGUUUUUUCCAAGAUCAGGUAGUGAA